GUGGAGGGGCCGUGUCUGUGUUGGCAGAGAAGGCCGGCUGCUGAGCUGGGCGUCUCCAGGAGGCUGCCAGGCUGCUGCGAUCCCGUCUCAAACUAUGGGCCAACCAGGCUGACCAGUCAGUUCUGCUGGAGGCUCCUGGUGUGACCUGGGGAGACCAUGUCCAGUCCCCCUGACUGCUUGCUGCGGCUGCUCCGAGGCGCCCCCAGGCAGUGGGUCUGCACCCUAUUCAUCAUCGGCUUCAAGUUCACGUUCUUUGUCUCCCUCAUGAUCUACUGGCAUAUUGUGGGUGAGCCCAAGGGCCAAGGGCACCUGUACAGCCUACCAGCUGACGUCCGUUGUCCCCACCUGGCGCCCCUCAUGCCGCCCCCCAGUAGCUCCCCUCCCGGCAACAUCUUCUUCCUGGAGACGUCAGACCGGACCAACCCCAACUUCUUGUUCAUGUGCUCGGUGGAGUCAGCAGCCAGAGCCCACCCCGAGUCCCGGGUGGUGGUCCUGAUGAAGGGGUUGCCAGGGGGCAACGCCUCCCUGCCCCGGCACCUGGGUAUCUCGCUGCUGGGCUGCUUCCCCAAUGUGCAGAUGCUCCCGCUGGACCUGGGGGCACUGUUCCGCGGCACACCCCUGGCUGCCUGGCACGCGGCCACACGCUGGCAGUGGGAGCCCUACCUGCUGCCCGUGCUCUCCGACGCCGCCCGGAUCGCACUCAUGUGGAAGUUCGGUGGCAUCUACCUGGACACGGACUUCAUUGUCCUCAGGAGCCUGCGGAACCUGACCAACACGCUGGGCACCCAGUCCCGCUACGUCCUCAACGGUGCCUUCCUGGCCUUUGAGCAGAGGCACAAGUUCAUGGCGCUAUGCAUGCGGGACUUCGUGGCCCACUACAACGGCUGGGUCUGGGGCCACCAGGGCCCGCAGCUGCUCACGCGGGUCUUUAAGAAGUGGUGCGGCAUCCGUAGCCUGGGGGAGCGCCACACCUGCCACGGCGUCACAACCCUGCCCCGAGAGGCCUUCUACCCCAUCCCCUGGCAGAACUGGAAGAGGUACUUCGAGGACAUUAGUCCCGAGGAGCUGGCCCGGCUGCUCAAUGGCACCUAUGCCGUCCAUGUGUGGAACAAGAAGAGCCAGGGCACCCGCUUCGAGGCCACGUCCCGAGCGCUGCUGGCUCAGCUCCACGCUCGCUACUGUCCCACGACGCACGAGGCCAUGAAGAUGUACUUGUGAGGGCUGCCCUUCCUGGGGAGAGGGGAGACCCCUUUCUGGGGAGAGGGGGGCCCCCUUGCCGGGGAGAGGGAGGUCCCAGCUGCUGCAGCCCUGGGCCCAGGGCUGGCUGGGGUAGGGCUGUGGCCGGAGGCCUGGAAUUGCUUGCCCACAGCCAGUGUGAGGCUAUGGGAGCCCCAGGCCAGUGCACACGCUCAGGGGAGAGACAUCAGGUGGGGGCCCUCCAGCCGGAAUCAGUAUCCCCAGGCUGGUGUUUGCAGCCCUGUCCUCUGAACGUCAGACAAGAACUGUGAACCCCAAAGCAUCUUCCUGGGGGCACAGGGAACCAGGUGGGUUGGGGGGUAGGUGACUGCGAGGGGGGCAUGGAGAGGUCUGUGGAAAGGGGGCGGGAAGAGGAGGGAAGAUUCCGCAGAAGAGAGCAGAUGCACUCGGGUGGAGGGAGGGCUGGCAGGGGAGCAGACCAAGUCCCAUCAGCGGAGGGGAGUGCUUUUUCUUUCCUGGUUUUGAUUCUUUUUGCGGGGUGCUGAGCCGGGAGCAGGGCCAGGCUGGCAGAGCAGGCCCGGGGAGCUCCUGGAAAGGCUCUGCCCGCUCACCCCAUCCUUCUUUCCAGAGAUGUGGUCAGGGUGGCGUGUGCCAGCUGCUCCCUCCGUAGAGUGUGGGGGCGUGGAAGUUCUGGCUCAGGAAAAUCAUUUUAAAGAAAACAUUCCUCCCCCCUCCCCCGCCCAUGAUAAACACAGGAAAAACGUUACACAUAAUAAAAAUGAUUACCCAACGUCCAGUGGUUUAUAGUUGAUGAAACACGUCCACUCAUAAGGCCCUUAUUGGCCCCUUUCUACAGAUGAGAAGCAGCUGGGCUGGGGGUGACCAGCCCGAGGCCACCCAGCCCACCAGGUCCUCCUGCCGCUGCCUAGACCAAGAGGGUCCGGGGGCCUGGCAGUUGCACUGGCUCCCAAUCCCCAGCAUCCUGGGCCCUGGAUGGGGUGGGGGGGCUGCAGUGGAGGUGGGAGGACCUUGAGUUCCCCACCUCACAAGCAGUGUAGGACAGGCCCCCCAUAAUGCCCCUGAAUCUGGCUCAACCCAAACAGGCCGAAAGAAGACCCCCAAGGAGCCCACCACCAGAACAGAGGCAGGGGUCCCCAGUGAGGGAGGUGGGAGCAGCUACGGGGUCCCUCCUGCCUCGAGGAUGCCUGCGAGAGGCCAGAAGUGCCCUGCUGGGAAGCCCCAGGCUGAGCACAGGAAAAGUACUCAGUGGGGCAGGUCCCAGGUGGUUUGCGUUGAGGGAAGCUGCAGGGAGAGCCAGAGCUGGGGCUGCUGCCAGGAACAGCCGAGGGAGGAAACCUUCAGAGGACUCGGAUUCUGCCUGCAGACGCUGUCCCGGCAGCCGGGAAGGAGGUGAGCUCCCUGGCUCUAGGGGUAUUCAAGAGCAGGUGAUGUUUUUGAUGAAAGCAAUGGAUCGUAGGUCAGUUAUUUCUCCAAACACAGUAUCAUUUUACGUUUUUCGAAUGUUCUCGAAUGAGCAGGUUUUACUUUAACACAGUAAGACCCAUGAAAGCUGGAAACUGUGUAAGGCAGAAACCUGUCAGAAAAGGGAAACUCCAAUAUUUUCCACUAAAACAAGCAAUAGAAAGAAAAGUGGUAAGACUGCA